UUCCCUGUGCUCCAGUAUUCCGGAGAUGAAACAUACAUAGCUACUGCCAAAAUAUAUUACCUUUUCCUUUCCGGAACAAACGGAGCCUUGUUUUAAUAAGCAGUCGAAGUUAAUUUAUGUAAAGAAUAACAAAUCGGAAUGACUCCACAUGAGGCGUUUGAUUUACUGUGAUUUUUUAUGCGUAUGUGGCAGUAGAGGACAUUUCUGUGGUCAUUUCCCCAGAAACAUUUAGGCGAGAAAGGAUUUGUUAAGACCGAAAGUCGGAGGGUGCCGAUAUACAAAUUCCGAAACUCCCAAGGGAUUUCUCGGGGGUGGGAAGGGGGAUUCGCAAGGACCAGGAGAAGACAGUGCGCCCUUCGUCUCCCUCCAGUCUGCCUUGCUUCCAAAAACAUCUUCUGAAAAGAAGCACUGUGGACGGUUGUACUCGGUCCAGUAGCUCGAACCGUUUGAAUAUGGGAUCUCCACCGGCUCGGCUGCUGCUCUUCAUCUGGUUAAUCAUACCUUUCUGUGGAACGGAGAAAGCGAGACAGAGGGGUCUACGCCAGAGGGAUGCUGAAAUUAUUGAAAAAUGCACUGGAAGAGAUACAGACAAGCAGAACUGUACCAGACACUCCACAGAUGCCCAGUCCACUCAUGUAAACGGGUACAACGGCUGCCUACAGGGCCCACCUGGCACCCCAGGCAGGGAGGGGAAUCCGGGUGUGAAUGGCAUCCCUGGCACGCCUGGCAUCCCGGGCCGGGACGGGCUGAAGGGCGAGAAGGGGGAGUGCAUGAGGGAGAUCUUUGAGGAGCCCUGGAGGCCCAACUACAAGCAGUGUGCUUGGAACUCGCUCAACUACGGCAUUGACCUGGGCAAGAUUGCGGAAUGCACGUUCACCAAGCUGCGGUCGGACAGCGCGUUGCGGGUGCUGUUCAGUGGCUCCUUGCGGCUCAAGUGCAAGACUGCCUGCUGCCAGCGCUGGUACUUCACCUUCAACGGCGCAGAGUGCACGGGCCCACUGCCCAUAGAGUCCAUCAUCUACCUGGACCAGGGCAGCCCUGAGCUCAACUCCACCAUCAACAUACACCGCACCUCUGCAGUGGAAGGUCUGUGUGAGGGCAUCCACGCCGGCCUGGUGGACGUGGCCAUCUGGGUGGGCACCUGCGCCGACUACCCCCGCGGCGACGCCUCUACGGGCUGGAACUCCGUCUCCAGGGUGAUCAUCGAGGAGCUGCCCAAGUGACCCCAUCCCACCCCACGCCUUCCCCUCCCUCACCUCAGGCACCCUGGCUCCGUCAAU